UCAGCACAUAGAGGCGGCGCAAAGAAACGUGAACAUGGCGGACAAAGAGAAAAAGAAAAAGGAGAGUAUAUUCGACCUGUCAAAGUACAUCGACAAGCCCAUCAGAGUAAAGUUUCAAGGAGGACGUGAAGCAAGUGGCGUCCUAAAAGGUUUUGAUCCCCUGCUGAACCUGGUGUUGGAUGGCACAAUCGAAUACAUGCGUGACCCCGAUGACCAGUAUAAGCUGACGGAGGACACCCGACAGCUCGGCCUGGUUGUGUGUCGUGGGACAGCAGUGGUGUUGAUCUGUCCCCAGGAUGGCAUGGAGGCCAUUCCUAACCCCUUUAUACAGCAGCAGGAUGGCUAGUACACACACGGAUUAUGCGACUUUUUGUAAAGAAAAGUUGGUAACGUUUUGGGUUAUGACCCAAAUCACAAAUGAGGAUGCCAGCCCAAAAACAGAAAUGUAAUGUAUUUGUAUUUACAUGUUUGGUUUUGUUUCACUAUAUGUAGCUUUUGCCAAAUGUUUUAGUUUUGGCUUUCUUCUGGGUAUGGACUUGAACAAUUAAACUGUUAAGUCACAUUUGUGUUGGGUGUGAAGACACACCAUGCGAACUUUGUUUUAGUAAUUGUUUUAAUAUUAAAAUUCAGUUGGAUAUUCAUAA